GCUCCCUACCUUUGGGGAGCCCGGUGAUCAAGCAAGACCCCGACACCUAGUGGUUCAAGGUCAAGACUUUCGAACAUGCUGGCCUAUUUUUGGCAACUGCAGUAGCCGUCUUGUUGACAUACGUCAUUCACUCUGUGAGGAAACCCGCUCCGCCUAGCGCUCGCGUUGACAUAACACUUCCCACAAGGUCCUGUUCGCUACCGAUGUUCCUCAUAUCAAGGGUCUUCCGGAGAUUCCGGGUGCCGUUCCUCUCUUUGGUCACCUGCUUAAACUCGGAGAGGACCAUGCGAGCACUUGUGAAAGGUGGUGGCGCCAGUAUGGCCACUCCUGUUUCCAAAUCAAGUUGGGUAAUACUCGCGCCGUCGUGGUCAACUCAUUUGAGGACUGCAAGAAAAUGCUGCUUGGCAAUCAGAAUGCCGUUAUUGAUCGCCCUACGUUGUACACAUUUCACGGCGUCAUCAGCUCGACGCAGGGAUUCACGAUUGGCUCGUCGCCUUGGGACGAGUCCUGCAGAAAGAAGCGCAAGGCAGCGGGCACCGCACUCGCAAGACCUGCCCUUAGGAACUAUUACCCCAUGUUCGACCUGGAGAGCUAUUGCAUCGUACGAGACCUCAAACAAGACAGCUGCAAUGGGGAGAUCGAGAUUGACGUACGCCCAUACAUUCAACGCUACGCGCUGAACACAACCUUGACCCUUUGCUAUGGCAUUCGAAUGGAUGCUGUAUAUGACGAGCUUUUGAGCGAGAUUCUCCACGUUGGAUCUGCUAUUUCCCUUUUGCGAAGUGCAUCGGAGAACUACCAGGACUACAUACCUGCCAUGCGAUACUUGCCGAAUAAUCAGAAAAAGGCUCGGGCAAAAAGUUUGCGAGAUCGCCGCGACGCCUACCUCGAUCUUCUCCUGAACAAGGUGCGCGAUAUGAUUCGAAGAGGAACGGAUAAGCCAUGCAUAUCGGCUGCCAUCCUACAAGAUGAGGAAACCAAGCUGUCUGGUGUCGAGGUUUCCUCCGUUUGUCUCUCACUGGUAUCCGGCGGAUUCGAGACUAUUCCAGGCACAUUGACCUCUUGCAUUGGAUCUCUGUCGACGAGGGAAGGACAGGCGUGGCAAGACCGGGCCUACCAGGAUAUCAAGCGCCAUUACACCGACAUAGGACAAGCAUGGAGGUCGUGCUUCAUCGAAGAGAAGGUUCCUUAUGUCAAUGCGAUCGUCAAGGAAGCUGGGCGGUACUACACUGUCAGCGCGAUGAGUCUGCCCAGGAAAACCGUGACUCAGGUACAUUGGAACGGUGCCGUUAUCCCGGCCAAGACAAUGAUACUGGUUAAUGCUCAAGCGGGAAAUCACGACACUGAUCAUUUUGGGCCCGGCGGUGGCCGAUUCGACCCUGAAAGAUGGCUCAAGUCACUAGACCCUCCCACCGAGAAUGAUAUAGAUGGACUUGCCCAUUUGAGUUUUGGCACAGGUUCACGUGCGUGUUCGGGCCAGUACAUAGCUUCCAGGCUGUUGUACUCCGCCUUGGUAAGGUUGAUCUCCUCGUACAAGAUCGUUGCAAGCGAGGAGAUGCCGCCCAACACAGACUACGUCAACUACAACCAGUUCAAAACGGCACUGGUUGCCAUUCCACGCGCGUUCAAGGUCAAGCUGAUACCUAGGAACCCUGAUGCCACUGCAGCGUGCCUGGCCGAUGCCCAGGGGCGUACGAGCCAACACUACAAGGAAUAAUGGACAUGACAAAUGACUGAAGACUGAAGAUGCGGUACUUGAUUCCGGUCACGUUGUGGCGGCACCCAGAUAAAACAACAAUGGGGCUUAUGGUUAUGAAUAGGGAGGACGUUCAACACGUCGCACCCUACAUGUAGCUAUGGUACGGAAGGACCGCCAACCUUGGCAUCUCGGCCUGCCGCAGAAAUUGAAGCUAUGAGAGAUUGUCAGGCUGCAAGAUGUGGGGUAGCGUAUAAAUGGCGCCCGAGAUUGCGAUGGACAGUUUCGGCAGGUGCUUAGAUUAGCUGUACUUCAAAGGCGUGCAUGUUCACAACUCGAAACUAGAC